CUUCUUCUUCUUCCGACUUCAUCUACCUCGGCUCCAUGGAUUUAACAGAAGUUUGUCAGCAAAGUAUGGACGUUAUCUCGGAGGACGAGCAGACGGUGCCCGAGGUACAGAGCCAGGCCUUGGAGGACGAGCAACCGUCGUCCCAGGUAGCGGAUAAGGACGUGGAGGACGAGCAAACAUUACCCGAGACACCUCCUUGUUCGGAGGAGGAGGAGGAGGAGGAGAAUAAGGAGAAUAAUGUGGACGGGGUUGACGGAUGGAUGGCUGGAUGGAUCGUGGACAGCAUCAAAUCUGCUGUUUAUCAUCUGCUCAGCCUGGCUAUCCGCAAGUACCGCGUCGAUGAAUGCUAUGGAUGUCAGAUCAGUCAUCCUAGCCAGAGAAAUCAUGCCUGCUUGGAGGUGUUGGAGGAAGACUUUCUCCAGGAUCACUAUGAACAUUUGAUGAAACGACUCAACACCCCUUGCUUCAUUCCCUCCAUUCAACGCCUGCUGAGGAGCCGCAACGUCAACAUGGAUGAUCUCAGAGUCCGGAUGGUGGCAGAGACUCUCCUGCAUGAGUUGAAAACGGUCAAGUGCAGAUGGGAAGCUCUCUCUGAUGCGUGUGAGAAUCUGACCGGAGAGGAUACUGAGAAACUGAAACAGCUGCAGACCACCGGUGACAGCUAUAACGACCAUUGAUAAGCUGAAAUGAUCUGACC